UUUCCCAGGGCAGGAUGAGAGCCCCGAGCUCCGGGAAGGGAUACGGGGCUCUGGAUGUUCCCCGGCAUGGGGCAGGAUGAGACCCUCCGGGAGGGAUGCGGGGCUCUGGUUGCUCCCCAGGGUGGGGCAGCACGAGGCCCCCGGAGCGAUGCGGGGCUCCGGUGCCCCGGGGAUGCGGUGCAGCGGCGGCUGCGGUCGGCGGGGGGCGCUGCGGAGCCAGCCGGGAGUGCGGCGGCCGCCGGGGAGGCUUCCAGCGCCCCGCAGCCCCGUCCCCGCAUCCCCACCUUCCUCUCUCCCGGCAUCCUUGCGGUCCCGCUUCCCUGCGUCCCUGCCUUCCUACAUCCGCAUGUCCCUGCAUCCUCCAUCCCGUCCCUGAGCCUCUCCUUCCUCCAUAUCUCCUUCCUCCAUCCCCGAGUCCUUCCAUCCCUGCAUCCCUCCUUCCUCUAUCCUUGCAUCCCUCCACCCCUCCGUCCUCCAACCCCGAGUCCCUGCAUCCCCCAGCCCUGCAUCUCUGAAUCCUUCAGCCCCGAGUCCCUGCAUUCUCCAUCCCAUCCCUGAGCCCCCCCUUCCUCCACCCCUCCAUCCUCCAUCCUUGCAUCCCCCAUCCCUGAGUCCCUCCAUCCCUGCAUCAUUCAUCCCCGAGUCCCUGCAUCCCGGCGCCCCAGGACGGCUCAGCACCCUGCCAAGCACCCCCAGGGAGCUGAGCCUUAUCCCCCUCGCCUUGGGGAGCAGUGGGGGGGCUCCUGCACGAGCCAGCACGAGCCUGGGGGGCUGCAGGCGGGCGCCACGGCAGCACCGAGGCGUGCGGGUGCUGAGCACCCAGCACCCACCCACCGCACAGCCGCCCCGCACCGGGAAUGAGGCAGCGCCGAGCGGGAUACGGCCGCGCCACGCAACGACGCCGAAGAUAACGCAGCUGGCAGGAGCUCACCGCCCCCGGCCCACCAUGCCCUCCUCCAAGACCAGCAGCGAGUACUGGAUCGAUGGGUCCCACCGUGAGGCGGCCCUGGAAGAUUUCUACGUCGUAGGCCCUGAGCUGGGACGGGGAGCCACCUCGGUGGUGUAUAGCUGUGAGGAGAAGGGCACGGGGACGGCAUACGCUGCCAAGAUACUGAAGAAGACGAUUGACAAAAAGAUUGUAAGGACGGAGAUCGGGGUCCUGCUGCGGCUCUCACACCCCAAUAUCAUCAAGCUGAAGGAGAUCUUCGAGACGCCCUCCGAGAUUGCACUCAUCCUGGAGCUGGUGACGGGAGGAGAGCUCUUUGACAGGAUUGUGGAGAGGGGCUUCUACAGCGAGCGGGACGCGGCCCACGUCGUAAAGCAGAUCCUGGAGGCCGUUUCGUAUUUGCACGCAAACGGCGUCGUCCACCGUGACCUGAAGCCAGAGAACCUGCUCUAUGCAAACCUGUCCCCCGAUGCUCCCCUAAAAAUUGGUGACUUCGGGCUCUCCAAGAUCGUGGAUGAACAGGACACCAUGAAAACCGUCUGUGGGACGCCGGGGUACUGCGCCCCUGAAAUCCUCCAUGGGUGCCCAUAUGGCCCUGAAGUGGAUAUGUGGUCCGUGGGCGUCAUCGCCUACAUCCUGCUCUGUGGCUUCGAGCCCUUCUUCGACCCACGAGGGGACCAGUACAUGUACAGCCGCAUCCUCACCUGCGACUAUGAGUUCGUCUCCCCGUGGUGGGAUGAGGUUUCCCUCAACGCUAAGGACUUGGUCAGAAAAUUGAUCGUCCUGGAUCCCAAGAAGAGAUUGACAGUCUCCCAAGCUCUGGAGCAUCCCUGGGUCACUGGGAAAGCUGCUAAAUUUGCUCACAUGGACAGCACACAGAAGAAAAUGCAGGAAUUUAAUGCCCGGCGGAAACUAAAGGCUGCCAUGAAAGCUGUGGUGGCUUCCAGCCGCUUGGGCAACCACGGCCACCACGACUGCUCUCGCAGUGGGCGCAGCCAGGGGGGUUCCCAGGACACCUGCCUGCCUCAGGGGGUGAGGAACACCGGCUCUGAAGCCACCACCAGCGAGGACCUGAACGCUUUCCGGAGCGACUGCCCUGCCAUGUCCAAGGUUCCAGUGAAUGGCGCCGGCUGCAAAAGCUAAUGUGCUCAGUGCCAGUGCCGGCCCACCAUGGCUUUGAUUAGCAAUAUCCCACUGACCCUUGGAUGCUGGCAUCAGGAGAGGCAGGGGAAGCUGGUGCGGGACAGGAGCGCCCUGAGAGUAGGUGUGUGUUGGAAGAACCACAGUCUGCCGUGUGGAGCAUCCUUAUUUAGUGUCCUGUUGCCAGUACAGUCCUACCAGGUCGCUGUGAGUGUGUGUGUGUACGGACUUGACGAGGAAAUGAGGAUGGUGAGUUGGACUUCCAACUAAUCAACGGUUUUGGCCACUGUGGCUUGAAAAGAUCCCAGGUGGGGUAAAAACGAGGAGCAAAGAGCAGGAAAAGGAUUUCUUUCCCCUUCCCUACAAAGACAGUAAGUUUUGUAAGUUCCUGUAAAUAGUCCUGGUGAGUUUCUUCGUGGAGAGGAGCAGGUACGUGUGGAUUCUUGCUGGCCAUCAAUGUCACCUCUACAGUCGCUGUCACACCUGCAGGACCCUGCUGCAUUAAACAAGGUGUGUAGGAGCCUUCCAACCCAGCUUUGUGAUCCUACCUGGAGAAAAAGGGUUUGCCAGUGAUCCCUGUAUUAUCUCCAGAUGACCUUUGCUUAAUUGAUGUUUUGGAUCCACUCCGGUUUAAAUUCCUCCCUGUUCAGUCUUGCUGCGGGUGUGUGGCAGUGGUAGGAUUGUCCAGAACUGGGAAUGCUGGCUCCUCUGGCCAUUCCAGGUUACAAUUUACACACGGUGUUUUAAUGAAUAACAAUUCAACUCUUUCUACAGCACAUUGUCAGACUCUGUAACACGUAAUGGUGCUGCUGUUCCUGAGCGAGGACAACGAGCCGAUACGUAUUUUGUUGCUUUUUUUUUUUUUUUAUUUAAGACUAAUGAACUCAGCUGUCAAACUUCUUUAAAAUGACAUCUUUUAGGCAGUUAUUUACCAAGCCAUGGGAUAAGCAUUUGCGGAUUUUAAUAAUCGGACAGGAAAAGCCAUAUUAUGCGUCGGGGAUUAUGGAAAACCAAGCAGCUGCUCCGCAAUCCCAGCUGGCACAAUCUGGGUUAGCUGAGCCGAGGUGGUGCCCGUGGCUGGGGAACACAGAACAACAUUGCCCUGCCAAUGGAAUUCUGAUCCUGCAGAGUAAUGGGAAAGGCGGUAUCAGUUAGAUAAUGGAGUGUAAGACAGUGUUGUCUUCAGCGUGGAAGGCACCCAGGGUAAGAAAAGCAAGGAGUUUGCCUCCAGUAUUACGUCAACAAAGCAUUAUUCCACAAAUAUCAGUAUUUAAUGGCAAGAAAAAAGUGUUCUCCUGGGAGUGAAGGUGAUAGGCGAUGCUGUUUUGAUCUCUAUUAUUGUUUUCAGAAUGUGUUUAAUAAUUUACUACUUCCAUAUAGUGGUGAUGUUUCCAAUAUUGCAGGUAUUUAUAAAGCAGCAUAGACAGACAAUAAAGAA